UUUUCAUUGGUUAUACAGAGAAGGUAUAGAAGAGAAAGUAAUCAAAACCAGAAAUGGACUCAUUAGAGAAGCAGAGAGAGUUUGCCGGCGACGAUCAGGCGUCGCCGAGAGGUAUACUGGAAAUCCCUGUUUCAGGCACAGAAUCUGAUCACAGCGGAAGCAGCAGCAUCUACAGCUCAAGCUCGCCGGAGAAGUCGUCGGAGGCGGAGAGAGUGAACGUGAGGGAAGGGUUGGGACAGCCAUGGAAGGCGAUGAUGGAGUCGUUCAAGAAGAAGUCAGCGCAGAGAAUAUCGGCGAUUUCAUUACUUACAGCAAGCUACGAGAUGUCAAGGAAAAGCUUGAGGAAGAGGAGAAUGGAACGGAUUCGAAGCGCAGAAGAGGGAAUCAAUCUGGGAGCCAUACCCACAAAGCCUUCAUGGAGGAACUUCGAUUACGCAGAGUUACAAGCAGCAACCGACGAUUUCAAUCCAGAGAACCUGAUUGGACAAGGUGGGCAUGCUGAAGUCUACAGAGGACGUUUACCGGAUGGUCAACUCGUGGCAGUGAAGAGGCUAAUGAAGAAAGAGAAAGAAAAUGAGGACAGGGCGGGUGAUUACUUAUCAGAGCUAGGCAUUAUUGCCCACAUAACCCACCCAAAUGCUGUGCGUUUGAUAGGAUUUGGGGUCAACAAUGGUCUCUACUUUGUCUUGCAAUUAGCCCCACAUGGCAGCCUUUCUUCUCUGCUAUUUGGUUCUGAAUGCUUGGAGUGGAAGACAAGGUUCAAGGUAGCUAUUGGUGUGGCACAGGGCUUGCAAUACCUGCAUCAUGAUUGCCAAAGAAGAAUCAUUCACAGAGACAUCAAGGCCUCCAACAUAUUACUAAACGAAAAUUACGAAGCUGAGAUUUCAGAUUUUGGACUCGCGAAAUGGCUGCCAGAGAAGUGGACUCAUCAUGUUGUCUUCCCAAUAGAAGGCACAUUCGGGUCAGUAUUGUUAGCUUCAGGUUUUCUACAUCUUAUUACCACUGUCAACUCAUUUUAUGACGCACUGGAUCCAUCCAUCUUCAGGUAUUUGGCUCCAGAGUAUUUUAUGCAUGGAAUUGUGGAUGAAAAGACUGAUGUGUUCGCCUUUGGGGUUUUGCUGCUGGAACUCAUUACAGGUCGUCGAGCAGUUGAUUCAUGCAGCAAGCAAAGUUUGGUCCUCUGGGCAAAACCACGACUAGAAGCACACAGUGUGAAGGAAUUAGUAGACCCACGAUUAGAAGAAGCUUAUGAUUCCAUUGAAUUGAAGAGGACCAUGCUUACUGCUUCCAUGUGUCUCCACCAUUCAUCUUCCCACCGGCCAUACAUGAAACAGGUUGUGCAGCUGCUGAAGGGUGAAGAGGGAAUCGUUGAUGUUAAGCAGAAGUCAGUACCGACAAGAUCCAUCUUGUUAGAUGCCAGCGACCUCGAAGAAUAUACUUGCUCUACUUACUUGAACGAUCUCAAUCGUCAUAGGCAACUAGUCAUGGAGUGAUCAUGCCUAAUCGCUGUGCUCUCUUUGA